AACAAGCUGAAAAAGCUAAAAGUACAAAGCAAGACAAGAAUUUAAAUAUUUUAAAACUAAACUAAAGUAAAGUGAAAAGUAAUUAAUUUAAAGUUGCAAAUAUUGAAAAAGUGCUUAACUGUUAAUCAGAGAGCAAAGAAAAACAACAAAGAAGAGCAAUUCAUCUUCAAAUUCUCAAACAACAGCAACAAGCCAACAAGAAGAAGAACAAACAGAAUGCCUGCUAUUGGUAUCGAUCUGGGCACCACGUUCUCCUGCGUGGGCGUCUAUCAGCAUGGCAAGGUGGAAAUUAUUGCCAACGAUCAGGGCAAUAGGACGACGCCCAGCUAUGUGGCAUUCACAGAUUCGGAGCGUCUGAUUGGUGACGCCGCAAAGAACCAGGUGGCGAUGAACCCCAAGAACACAGUAUUCGACGCGAAGCGUUUGAUUGGUCGCAAGUACGACGAUCCAAAGAUAGCGGAGGACAUAAAGCACUGGCCUUUCAAGGUGGUCAGUGAUGGAGGCAAGCCAAAGAUUGGCGUCGAGUUCAAGGGCGAACAGAAACGCUUUGCCCCCGAGGAGAUCAGCUCGAUGGUGUUGGUGAAAAUGAAGGAGACGGCUGAGGCAUACUUGGGCCAGAGCAUCACAGACGCUGUCAUCACUGUGCCAGCCUAUUUUAAUGACUCACAACGCCAGGCGACCAAAGACGCCGGCCACAUAGCCGGCCUCAACGUGCUGAGGAUCAUCAACGAGCCGACAGCGGCGGCACUGGCCUAUGGUCUGGAUAAGAAUCUCAAAGGGGAACGCAAUGUGCUGAUCUUCGAUCUAGGCGGCGGCACCUUUGAUGUCUCCAUAUUAACCAUCGAUGAGGGAUCGUUGUUUGAGGUGCGGGCAACGGCUGGAGACACACAUUUGGGCGGCGAGGACUUUGACAACCGAUUGGUCACCCAUUUGGCGGAGGAGUUCAAGCGCAAGUUCAAGAAGGAUCUGCGCAGCAAUCCUCGCGCCCUGCGCCGCCUACGCACUGCAGCGGAGCGAGCGAAGCGGACGCUCUCGUCGAGCACAGAGGCAACCAUUGAGGUGGACGCGCUGUUCGAGGGUCAUGACUUCUACACGAAGGUGAGCCGGGCCAGGUUCGAGGAGCUGUGUGGUGAUCUGUUCCGCAACACGCUGGCUCCAGUGGAGAAGGCGCUCAUCGAUGCAAAGAUGGACAAGCAGCAGAUUCAUGACAUAGUGCUGGUCGGUGGCUCGACACGGAUUCCCAAGGUGCAGAACCUGCUGCAGCAGUUCUUCGGCGGCAAGAGCCUCAACCUUUCCAUCAAUCCCGACGAGGCGGUGGCCUACGGUGCCGCCGUCCAAGCAGCCAUACUCAGUGGCGACCAGAGCGGCAAGAUCCAGGACGUGCUUCUAGUAGAUGUUGCGCCCCUUUCCCUGGGCAUCGAAACAGCCGGCGGCGUGAUGACCAAGCUGAUUGAGCGCAACUGCCGCAUCCCGUGCAAGCAGACGAAGACCUUCUCGACGUACGCGGACAACCAGCCGGGCGUCGCUAUUCAGGUGUUCGAGGGGGAGCGCGCCCUUACGAAGGACAACAACGCGCUGGGAACCUUCGAUUUGUCGGGCAUACCGCCAGCACCGCGCGGCGUGCCCCAGAUCGAGGUCACCUUCGACAUGGACGCCAAUGGCAUACUGAACGUGACGGCUAAGGAGAUGAGCACCGGCAAGGCGAAGAACAUUACGAUCAAAAACGACAAGGGCCGCCUCUCGCAGGCAGACAUCGACCGCAUGGUUAACGAGGCCGAGCGCUACGCCGACGAGGAUGAGCAGCAGCGCCAGCGCAUUUCGGCCCGCAACAGCCUAGAGAGCUACGUCUUCGGUGUGAAACAGGCUGUGGAGCAGGCCACUGCUGACAAGCUCAGCGACAGCGACAAAUCCUCGGUGCUGGAGAAGUGCGACGAGACUGUCAAGUGGCUGGACGCCAACACCACCGCCGACAAGGAGGAGUUCGAACACAAACUGAAGGAACUCACCCAGCACUGCUCCCCCAUCAUGACCAAGAUGCACCAGCAAGGACGCGGCAGGCCGCCAAAGGCACCGGCUGGCGGCAGCGAUAACGAUGAUCUCGACCAGGACGAGCUGGGCGAGGCCAACGGCGAGUUGCCGUCGUCGCAGCCGCUAAAGAUCAAGGGACGCGGUCGUCCACGCAAGGCGCCCAUCCAACUGCUAGCGAACAGCGGCAGCGAUGAUGACGAUUCCUCGGCCGACGAGAAGCCAUCGGUGAAGCAACAAAAGCCACCAUCGUCCGCCAAGCGCCGCAAGUUGGGCAGACCACGCAAGCAUCAGCCCAGUGACGAGGAUGAAGAUGAUGAUGACGAGGAGGACGAGCCUCGUCCCGUUGGACGUCCGGACACUGGCGCCGUUAACUUGAACAUUGUGCGUACUGGACGCGGUCCCGGUCGCCCCAAGAAGAAUCCGGUGGGUGGCAAGCGCUCCAUGAAUGAUGAUGCCACCGAAUCGAAUGGCGAUGAUGCACCCGCACCCAAGAAGCGUGGACGACCGUCAUCCAGGAAGACGUCCCCGUAUGUGCCAUCUGGGCGGCCCCGUGGACGCCCCAAAGCAAAUCCAUUGCCCGCCAAGCCUGUCGAUGCCGACAACGAUGAUGAAGACGAUGAUGAUGAAAUGCAGGAGCUGCUGCUGGAUGGGUACGAGAAGAAUGCUGGUUCGGACGAUGCUGACACUGAAGUGACCACACCAAAAAAACGCGGUCGACCCCCGUUGGGUGCCAACAAGAACGUUGGCCGAGCCAAGGUGCACAAGUCACCCGCCACAAGUCAGCAGGCGGACAACGACGAUGAUGCCGAUGAUCAGGAUUCAGCUGGUGGCGACGAUUUGGCCAAAAAACGUGGACGACCCACCAACAAAUCACGCGCCCGCCCAAAGUCAUCCAAAACAUCGGAUGCCAAUGGCGGCGGCGGCGGCGGCAGUAUCAGCGACGAUGCUGAUGAGGACAGCACCGUCUAUGGUGGUGAUGAUUCUGAUGGUCCGUCACCCGUCAAGCCGAAGACCGUCAAUGCUACGAAGUCUGAUCGUAAGGAACAAAAAUCACCACAGAAUGGCGAUGGUGAUGCUGCAUUGGAUACCAGUGAAUCCGUUGAGUGCGUCUCGGAUGAGCCCAAUUGGGCCGAUGCCUAAAGUUAGUAUUUAAAAGAACAAAAACAAGAACACAUUCAAAUCGUACACACAACCCGAUUAAACAACAACAACAACAAAACAAAUAAACCACAAAAUCAUUUUACCCAUCAACGGCAAAAACUUUGCAUCGGAUUAUUCUGCCCAUUGCAGUUAUCCAAUCAAAAUUAAUCAAUUUGCUCCAAAAAAAGAAAGAAUUAAAAUGAAAAUACCAACGGACACAACAAAUAAAAUACUUAUAUUUUUUGUUGUUUCAGUGUAUUUCGCGAUUCCACUCAGUUAUACAUAUAUAUACAUAUAUAAUUCCAAAAAUGUUUCAUCAUAUUCCAGUAUUUUUCUUAUGUUAUUGUUUAAAAUUUUUUGUCUCAUUUUGGCUUAAAUGCAUAAAAGAAAUACAUUAAAUAUCAUUGUAGUGACUUUCUGCAAACAAAUAAAAACCAUUAAUUUUAUUCGAACCAUGAGUUUUAAUAAAAACAAAACGAAAAUUA